AUGACGGUCUCCAAGCCAAACGUCCUCGUUAUCGGCACUGGUGGUGUUGGAGCAAUUGUGGCCUAUGAGCUCUCUCUGGUGGAGAAGUGCACCGUCUCCAUAGUCGUGCGUCGUGAUUACUCGACAGUGUCAGCAUCAGGUUACAAUAUACACAGCUGUGCUCAUGGUGAUGUUGCUGGCUGGAAACCUGACAGAAUUUAUGCUUCUGUUGAAGAAGCCAGGAAGGAGUCUUACGACUUUGUCGUUGUCUCCACCAAAAACCUGCCAGAUAUUACAAAGGUUGAGGAUCUCAUUGAGCCUGUUGUUACAGAGGGAAAGACGACUGUUGUCCUUAUGCAGAAUGGAUUUGAUAUUGGUAGACCAGUGAUCCAGAAGUACCCUGAGAACUGCUGUAUUAGUGGGGUAUCUCAUAUUGGAUCACACAACACCAAUGGAGUUAUAACUCAAACCCAGAAGAACAAGUGCUUGGUUUCGUAUUUCCCUAAUGACAGCUUACCUAUUGAUACUCAAAUCGCCCAAGCUAAGGAGCUUGUUGAGCUGCUGUCACACCCGAAGAACGACAUCAUCUAUUUUGAGAGUGCCAAGUGGUAUCGUUAUAGAAAGCUGGUCUACAACGCUACCUUGAAUACUGUGGCAGCACUGACUCGGGUAGACACUGGAAGACUUCUCCUGUCGGGAGGUCUGGAGGCCAUCAGUAUUCCUGCAAUGAAAGAAGUUCUCAAGGUUGCAAAAGCUGAUGGUAUCGAUCUCCCAGAAGACGUUGUCAACCUCGUUGUUCACAGCGAUGACGGUGAUUGGUUCAAGCCCAGCAUGUUGGUCGAUGUUGAAAAGGGAAACCCAAUUGAGCUAGAGGUCAUCUUGGGGAAUCUUCUCACCGUUGCGAAAGAGUUGAAUGUUGAGACACCUGUUCUGAGCCUAUUGUAUGAGCUGUUAAAAGUUGUGCAGUAUAGCUUAAAGGAGAAGGCAGGACUCAUCAAGAUUCCUAACGUGAGACCUGCGAAUGAGAAGACCUUUAAGUAA